UUCUUACUUAGCCUUAAUCUCUCUGCUCUGCUCAUCGCUGGCUUAGGACUAUAGAGUUAUUUUGAGUAAAAUAAAUAGUGAAUAAUAAUAAAUGUACAAGUAUUGUCCAGUUUUGUACAAAUCUUUCAGAUAUAUUUUUAUCUCGUAUUAAUUGAGCAACACAUGUUUAUUUCUUGUUUCUGGAUGAAAGAAUUGUAAUAUUUUUAGUAUUACAUGCUUAAUCUCGAGAGCAUUGUCCAAUUAUAUACAAUCGAAUACCAAAGUCAUGGGUGUAUUGGACUUGAAGAGUAUUCGUUGAUUUUAAAGGCUUUUACACUUUAUGGUAGAUCUAUAGAUUUUGGUUACUUUUCUGCGGCUUUCGUCAUGUGGCUUUCGACCUCGGAAGCAUCAGCCCUUGGAGUUGAAGAAGUCGCUGCUCGGCUGCAAGUUGAUGUUAGAGCUGGCCUUUGGUGGGAAGAAGUUAAUCAUAGGAAACAGCUUUUUGGUUGUAAUGAGCUCAUAUUCAAGGUGGAUGAGCCUACAUGGAAAAAGUAUGUGGAGCAGUUUAAGAAUCCACUAAUUCUUCUCUUGCUUGGCUCCGCUUGCGUCAGUGUCUGCAUGCAGCAGUUUGAUGAUGCAAUCAGCAUAACUGUGGCCAUUAUUAUAGUUGUUACCGUGGCAUUUGUUCAAGAAUACCGUUCUGAAAAGUCUCUGAAUGAGCUCAGUAAGCUUAUGCCUCCUACUUGCCACUGCUUAAGGCAAGGUUGCCUGGAAACUUUUUUGGCACGUGAUCUUGUACCAGGAGAUGUUGUCUACUUAAACAUUGGAGACAGAGUUCCAGCAGACAUUAGAUUGUUUGAAGUGAUUGACUUAGCAGUCGAUGAAAGUAGUUUCACUGGAGAAGCUGAACCAGCUCAAAAGUCUACAGCUCCAAUUUUAAAAAAAAAUGAAACUAAUACCAACCAAAAUGUAACAUUUAUGGGCACCUUAAUUAGAAAUGGAAGUGGCAAAGGCAUUGUGAUCAAUACUGGCGCUCAGAGUGAGUUUGGUCAAGUUUUUGCAAUGAUGCAAACAGAAGAAGCACCCAAAACGCCUUUGCAAAGGAGUAUGGACAUUCUUGGUGCUCAAUUGUCAUUUUACUCUUUCUGCAUCAUUGGUAUAAUAAUGAUACUUGGCUGGAUUCAGGCUAAAGCACUUCUUGACAUGUUUACUAUUGGUGUUAGCCUUGCUGUUGCAGCAAUACCUGAAGGCUUACCUAUUGUUGUCACUGUCACACUUGCAUUAGGCGUUAUGAGGAUGGCCAAGAGAAAAGCAAUUGUUAAGUGCUUACCAACUGUAGAAACACUUGGGUGUGUCAAUGUGAUAUGCUCAGAUAAAACUGGUACUAUUACUCAAAAUGAAAUGACUGUAAUAAUAAUAAUUACUUCUGAAAACUAUAUUGCUGAUGUUUCUGGAGCUGGCUAUAAUGCUAAUGGAGAAAUAAAACUGCGCAAAUGCAAAGACAUUGACUUUGCUCAAACAGCUAUUACAAAUUUGCUUGAAAUUGGGUGCGUUUGUAAUAAUGCUGUUAUUCAAAAUAAUACAUUGUUAGGCCAGCCUACAGAAGGGGCUUUACUAAUAGCUGGAAUGAAGAAUGGCAUGUAUGCUAUCUCAGACAAAUAUAUCCGUCUUCAAGAGUACCCAUUCUCAUCUGAACAAAAAAUGAUGGCUGUUAAGUGUGUAGCAAAGUACAGUGAGUAUAAACAAGAAGUCUAUUUUGUCAAGGGAGCUUUAGAAAAAGUUCUACCACAAUGCACUAAGUACGCAGCUAACGGUCAGUUGUAUCCUCUGACACAAAAAAAAGAACAAGAAGUUUUUGCUGAUGCUUAUGACAUAGGGCAACGAGGAUUAAGAGCAAAAUUGACAAGGUUGUGGUCCAAAAAAAAUGCCAAUUUUCUGACCAUCACCGACAGCUUCUAUGUAGGUCAUAACUUCUAA